AAAGUUAACUGCGCGGAGUUGGGGCGGCCCCGGCAGUCCCGGGCGGACGAGCGGGGCCGAGGAUGGCUCAGUCCCGCUCCUUCCCGCUGCUGGUUGGGGGGUCUUGGGGCCCCCACCCCCCCAGGAACUUGAGCACCAAAUUGCAGAUGUACUUCCAGAGCCCGAAGAGAUCCGGAGGCGGAGAGUGUGAGGUCCUCCAAGAUCCCGGGAGUCCGUCUCGCUUCCUGGUGCUCUUCCACCCCGAGGACGUUCGGCAGAGGGUUCUGGAAAGAAAGAAUCACGAGUUAGUAUGUCCAGGAAAAGGAACAUUCACGUUAAGUCUCCAGUUGCCCACAGCCCCAGAUGAAGUCCAUGGUGUCUCAGAGGAGAAAAUUCUAACACAGGAAUCCAAGACUAAAGAAGAUGUCAAAGAACCAGAUGUGUCAGAAGAACUGGAAACAAAACUCUCUCUCAAUGAAGGAUUGGAAGAAAUGGAAGAUAUCCCAAAAGAAUGUGAAAAUAUUCCCUCCUUGGUGGCAUUUGAAAAUCUCAAGGAAAGGGUGACUGACACAAUGUUAAUCUUGUUAGUGGAGAACAUAAGUGGCCUGUCCAAUGAUGACUUUGAACUGGAAGUAAUACAAGAUUUUGAUGUUGCUGUAGUUACCUUUAAAAAACAUAUAGAUACCAUGAAAUUUGUUGAUGAUUGCACCCGGCACCAUUCAACUAAACAACUUCAGCUUUCUCCUAGACUUCUGGAAGUGACAAAAACAAUCAGGGUUGAAAACCUGCCACCUGGUGCUGAUGACUACAAUUUAAAACUUUUCUUUGAAAACCCUUUUAAUGGAGGGGGAAGAGUUGCCAAUGUUGAAUGUUUUCCUGAAGAGAGUUCAGCUCUGAUUGAAUUUUUUGACAGAAAAGUGUUAGACACCGUCAUGGCCAAGAAACUUGACUUCAAUAAAAUGCCGCUUUCUGUGUUCCCAUACUAUGCCUCGUUGGGCACAGCCUUGUAUGGAAAAGAGAAGCCUCUGAUCAAGCUUCCAGCACCAUUCGAAGAAUCAUUAGAUCUUCCCUUAUGGAAGUUCUUACAGAAAAAUAAUCACCUGAUUGAUGAGAUAAAUGAUGAAAUGAGACAUUGUCACUGUGAGCUAACAUGGUCCCAACUCAGUGGUAAAGUUACCAUCAGACCAGCGGCCACCUUAGUCAAUCAAGGAAGACCAAGAAUCAAGACCUGGCAGGAAGAUACUUCCGCAGCACUCUCUGGCAUGAGGUCUCAAUAUAAAGUUACCUCACUUAAAGCGGAUCCAGUAGUGUGGGACAUUAUAAAAAAGGACUUAGAAGAUGAUAGGAUUUUGAUUGAGUUUGAUACACUUAAGGAAAUGGUAACCUUAGCGGGGAAAUCAGAGGAUGUCCAAAACAUUGAGCUACAAAUCAAGGAAUUAAUGGAAAGCACCACACAAAAAAUUAAAAGGGAAGAGCAAAGUGUGAAGGAAAAAGUGGCCAUGUCUCCAAGCAAGCAUUCUCUUUUGCACCUGAGCGGUAUGCUGGAACGUCUGUGCGCUGAGUCCCCAGAGGUGGAGAUUUGUUAUGAUGCGGUCACUCAAUACAUGUGCUUGAAAGGACUCUGCGCAGAUGUGUAUAAAGUAAAGUGUGAAAUCCAGGAAAAGGUGUUCGCCAUGGCUCAGAAAAACAUUGAGGUUUCUCCUGAGAUUUUCCAGUUUUUGCAACAGGUAGACUGUAAAGAAUUCUCUAAAUGUCUUUUUAUAGCACAGAAAAUUCUUGUGAUUUAUGAGCUAAAGGAUACAACUGUUCUGUUAACCAGCUGUUCUUCUGAAGUCUUGUUAGAAGCUGAAAAGCAAAUGCUCAGUGCUUUAAAUUAUAAGCGCAUUGAAAUUGAGAACAAAGAAGUUCUCAAUGACAAGAACUGGAAAAAGCUCACUUGCAGUUUGCAUAAGAAACAUAAUUCCUCCUCAAACACUGUAGUAAUCAACGAGUUAACUUCCAACACCACAGCUGAGGUCAUCAUUGCAGGCCCUGUGAGACAAGUAAAUGAUAUCUAUACAUUGCUUUUUGAGUUUUUGGAAAAACACAUGAAAAUAGAGAGAUUGCUUGAAAUACAGUCUUCCUUAGUUAUAGAGUAUUUAAGGGCAGAAAAGAAGGUAUUCUUGCCAAAGAUAAAGAAAGCAAAUGUGCAGGUAUCUUUCAAUCCUGAGAAAGAACAAAAAGGCAUUUUACUCACUGGCCCAAAGAAGGACGUUCUGGAGGGAAUGAACACCCUGCAGGAAAUCCGGGAUUCAGUCUGUGUGCAAAGCGUCUGUAUCAAUAAGCCCGGAGCCAGGCAGUUCUUCCAGGAAAAAGCGCGGUUUUUUAAAAGUGAGGUCAGACAGUCGUUUGGUUGCUUCAUUGAACUGCAGGAGGAGGAAGUGGAGAAGCGCCUCCUUCGGAGGAGCCUGGCCCCUGGCGUGGUGCUGACCGUGCAGCAGGGCGACUUGACGCGGCUCCCCGUGGACGUGGUGGUGAAUUCCGCCAACGAGGACCUCAGGCAUUCCGGUGGCCUCGCCGCCGCGCUCUCGCAAGCAGCUGGCCCCGAGCUCCAGGCCCACUGUGACCAGAUAGUGAAGAGAGACGGCAGGGUCCUACCCGGCAAUGCCAUCAUCUCGAAGGCAGGAAAGCUCCCGUAUCGCCAUGUGAUCCACGCAGUGGGGCCGCGGUGGGACAGCAGCGAGGCCCCGAGGUGUGCGCACCUGUUAAGGAGAGUUGUGACACUAAGUCUGGGUUUAGCUGAGAAACACAAGUGCCGAUCCAUAGCCAUCCCAGCUAUUAGUUCUGGAAUCUUUGGCUUUCCCGUACACCGGUGUGUGGAGACCAUUGUUUCAGCCGUCAAGGAAAUCUUCCAGGGAAACCAGGACGCACGCUACUUGAAAGAGAUUUACCUUGUGGAUGCGUCUGAGAAGACUGCUGAGGCCUUUGCUGAAGCUGUGAAAACUAUCGUUAAAGACACCUUUCCUGAUACAGCUGCCGGGCCCAGUUCCCCAGCAGCAGUCCGGCCCGCGGAAACACCACAGAAACAGAAAACUCUGGUGUCUCCGGGAGGCCUGCGGAUGCUGUUGGUGAGAGGAGGUGUGCAGGAUGCUAAGACCGAUGUUGUUGUGAACUCCAUUCCCUCGAAUCUUGCACUUAAUAGAGGGCCCCUUUCUCAAGCCCUCUUGGAAAAAGCUGGGCCAGAGCUCAAGAAAGAACUGGACACAGCCGGACAAGGGGUAUCUAUCAGCGUGGGCACAGUUCUGCAAACCAGUGGUUGCAAUCUGCACUGCCAACGGGUGCUUCACGUGGUGGCUCCGGAGUGGAGAAGUAGUGACACAUCUUCACACAAGAUCAUGGAAGACAUAAUCAGAGAAUGUUUGGAGACCACUGAGAGCUUGUCCUUAAAAUCGAUUGCAUUUCCAGCUAUAGGAACAGGAAACUUGGGAUUUCCUAAAACCCUAUUUGCUGAAUUAAUCAUUUCAGAGGUGUUCAAAUUUAGUAGCAAGAAUCAAUUAACAACUUUACGAGAGGUUCAAUUUCUCCUGCACCCGAGUGAUCAUGGAAAUAUUCAGGCAUUUUCAGAUGAAUUUGCCAGGAGGGCUAAUGGAAAUCUCGUCAGUGAUAAAAUUCCCAAGAGAGAAGAUACACAAGGUCUUUAUGGAACUGUUUCUAGCCCCAGUUUAGAAGUGCAUGAAAUGAAGAUUGGCCCCAUCAUCUUCCAGGUGGCUUCUGGAGACAUCACCAAGGAGGAGGCAGAUGUGAUCGUAAAUUCAACAUCAAAAACAUUUAAUCUCAAAGCAGGGGUCUCCAAAGCAAUUUUAGAAAGUGCUGGACAAAGUGUGGAAAUGGAAUGUUCUCUUCAAGCUCAACAGGGCAAGAAUGAUUAUAUAAUUACUGAAGGUGGAUUACUGAGGUGCAAGAAAAUCAUUCAUGUUGUUGGUGGAAGUGAUGUCAAGAGAUCGGUGUCCUGUGUUUUGCAGGAGUGUGAAAAACGGAAUUACUCAUCCAUUUGCCUCCCAGCCAUUGGGACAGGAAAUGCCAAACAAGACCCAGAUAAGGUUGCUGAAGCCAUAAUUGACGCGAUUGAAGACUUUAUCCAGAAAGGAUCAGCACAGUCUGUGAAAAAAGUUAAAGUUGUUAUCUUUCUGCCUCACGUGCUGGAUGUGUUUCAUGCCAACAUGAAGAAAAGAGAAGGGUCUCAACCUUCUCCUCGACAGUCUGUGAUGUCUAAACUUGCAUCAUAUUUGGGCUUUUCAAGAAAAUCUCCCAAAAAACAGACUCCUUUGGUUUUGGAAAAGAAAACAGAAUCAGUAAUUUUUCAGGUAUGUGGUGAAAAUAUAAACUGUGUGGAAAACACUAUCUCCUGGAUUCAAGAACUGAUUAAAAAGGAACAGUUACCUUACAUCAGUGAAGACGAGUAUAUCAAAGACUUUGAUGAAAAGGAAUAUCAGGAAUUGAAUGAGCUGCAGAAGAAUUUAAAUAUUAGCAUUUCCCUGGACCGUAAGAGAUCUUCGAUUGAGGUUUUGGGAAUUAGCAGAGAUGUGAUGCAGGCUAGAGAUGAAAUUGAGAAAAUGAUCAAGAGAGUUCGACUGGCCAAAGAACAGGAGUCCCGGGCAGAUUGUGUCAGUGAAUUUAUAGAAUGGCAAUAUAAUGACAGUAACACAUUUCAUUGUUUUGACAAAAUAACCAACCUGCAAUUGGAGGAUGCAAAGAGAGCAAAGAAAAAAACAAUUGUCGUCAAAAUUAAUAAUGGGAGCUACACAGUGAACUUGGACACAUUCACUGCCACAGAUGUAAAUGGACACAGUUUACCUAUUCAGCGCCUCACAAAAUCUGAAGUUGACAUCCCUGCACACUGGAGUGAUAUGAAGCAGCAGAAUUUCUGUGUGGUGGAGCUGCCACCUGGCCACCCAGAAUACAGUGCUGUGGCAAACAAGUUCAAUCAGACCUGCUCACAGUUCGUAAUAGAGAAGAUUGAAAGGAUCCAGAAUCCAGAUCUCUGGAAUAGCUACCAGGCAAAGAAAAAAACCAUGGAUGCAAAGAACGGCCACACAGCAAAUGAGAAGCAACUCUUCCAUGGGACAGAUGUGGGCUCAGUGCCACAUGUCAAUAGCAACGGCUUUAACCGCAGCUAUGCUGGGAAGAAUGCUACGGCAUUUGGAAAGGGAACCUAUUUUGCUGUCAAUGCCAGUUAUUCUGCCAAUGAUACAUACUCCAGACCAGAUGGAAAUGGGAAAAAGCAUAUGUAUUAUGUGCGAGUACUUACUGGAGUCUAUACAUGUGGAUAUCAGUCACUAAUUGUGCCUCCUUCAAAGAACCCCCAAAAUCCAACGGACCUCUAUGACACUGUCACAGAUAAUGUGCAAAAUCCAACUUUAUUUGUAGUAUUUUAUGACUACCAAGCAUACCCAGAGUACCUCAUUACUUUUAGACAAUAACAUAUUGGUAUCCUUCCCCCAAACCAUUAUUCAUCUAUACAUGUCUAGUUGUUUUAGCUUUCUUUUUUUCCCCUUUCUUAACAACUUUUUCUAAGACUAAAGGAUCCUUCGUCACUGAAAUCAGACUUUCUUCAGGUUCUCUUUUGUAAUGGAAAUGAACCUAUCUUGACAGCAAAUAAUGUGAGAUUUAAAUCAGAUGAUGUAGUUACAACUGUUUGUCCACAACUGUGGACAUGAUUUCUGUGGGGAAACAAUAGGUUUAUAUUUUCAGAAAGGAGAGAAUAGCAAUCUUGUAGACAGAGGCAUUGCCAUGCAUUGUAGGUGCCACUGGAGGACACAGCUGGUAUGACAUCAGGAUGCUGUAGUGCUGUGGGGAGCACAGUAUUACUGAGUGGGCAGGGCUGCUGUCCUCCCUGCGGGACAGGGAUGGUAUCUUAUUCACAUUUUCUCCUUGGGCUGAGGUCUGUGCCUGAUGUUCAAUGGAUGCUCCAUAAAUUUUUCAUAAACGAAUCAAGAAUGAAUAAGCCUAGACAAACUCCUAUCCAGAGUAGGAACCAUCCUUGACUUAUUGUCAUUUUGCCUCAGAUUGAACAGAUUCCAUGACAGGGAACUUCCUUCUUCACAAACCAGCCCAUGACAUGUGGGACAGCUCCGGCCAGGUGUCUGGGAAUGCAGUGCACUUGUGCCCUGCACACUCCAGGCGCUGUUACUUAGCUGUGGCCUGGGUUAAUGUUGUCCCAUGGAGUUGUGCAGCACAGCAGCCCUGGCUCCAGUUGCAAGAAGGUCCUUGGUAAUACUGAACCAAAGUCUGCCUUCUUAUAACUUCUGCUAAUUGGUCUUUGUUCUGCCCAGUGAAAACAAUAGGAUAAUGCCUGCUACAUCUUCAGUGUGAAACCCCUCUACUGUGCUGAGAUUAAAUGAACUCUAAGAUUAUUAAACAGCGUAUUUUCCUUGGCAGCUCAGCUUUUGAUCAUUUUAAGGGCUUGUGUAUAAAUAAACCACAGGAAUUAAACAGUCAUAUUGUUAAUUUGCUAAUCCAGUAUCUAUUGGAUGGUAAAAGAAAAAAAAUUUUUUUUAAUUUACUCAGGCAAAUUUCAGAUUCACACAUCAUUUAAUGAGUACUGAUUGACUGUACCAGGUAGUAUAAUAGGUGCUUUCACAUACAUUACUUAUUUUGUUCCCGAAACAACCCUGUGAUAUAAGAAUUAUAUCCACAUUUUAAACUUGAGGAAACAUGCUCGGAGUGUAGAAGCUUCCUUGCCUGAGGCCACCUAGGCAGGAACCCUUGGAGCCACCAACUGAAUCUUGGUCCCUGUGAUGUCAAACCCUUUGCUCUUCCCACUACAGACUAUGGCCUCUAGAUUAAUGUCAUUGACUCAGGAACAUCUCAGACAAUCUGUGAAGUAUCCCCAUCUUUUCUUGUUGUUUUUUUUUUUUUCCUUCUGGCGUUGGUUUCCACAAUGGUCUCUUAAUUUGAAGCUCUGUAGCCCAAGAGGCCAGAGCUGAUGCUGAUGCAGAGUCCAUGCAGAUGGCACAGUCGGACGCUAGGGGUCGCUGGGAGGAUAAAGGCACCUGCCCUCCUUGCCACUGGGAACACCAGUGCUUGAAGUGGAGGUUGAGGCCCCCCCCACCUCCUUGCUGCUUCAUUAACACAGAGGUCUCAGAUUUUUUCCUCCAGGGAAGCUUCCUGCACUCUGGGCAUGUUUCCUCAAGUUUGUUUUUUCAAGUGGAUUUGCAAAGACUCCUCAUUGCUUAGGAGUGCCUUCCUAGCUACUGGCUUCCUAACUCAGCAUUGACAAUGAAUGUAAGAAACUGGAAUUAAAAAAGAGACGUGCUUUCAUUUGCUUUUGUUCUCCAGUGAUUUGGUUAACUCAGGGCAAGGCUGAAUGUCAGGGUGUACUGCACUGAAGAAUAAGGAUCCUUUCAGUAAAUGUUGUAGUUAUCCUCAAUUUGAGUAUGUCAAAUAUGUCAUUUUCCUCCUUUUGAAUAAAAUACUUGAAAAUUGUC